AUGCAUAUAUGCAUGUACUAUGACACUGAGUCAGUAAUAUUUGCUUUUAAAAUUUUAGUGUUCUGCUUAGAAAAGGAAUCUACAGCCCAUAUUACUGAUUGUACUCACUUGAGAGAGCAAUGUAUAAAUGGCACAAAUGGAUGUGACCUUCUUUGGGCAGUCCUUGAAGACGUCUGUAAUGUUUCAGGUAAUGACUGCAAGAUGAAAGAUUCUUUAAGCUGCAACUUAAGCAUCCAGUCCCUGGAGGAUCAAUAUCCCAAAUUUAAAAAAUGUCUCUGUACUGAAGAUAUUUAUUGCAGUGUUAACAGGUUGCUUGGGAGACAAUGUACCAGUAAAACAGAUUAUAUUAAUCAGCCUAUUAAACUGCAGUGGGAUGAAACUGCUCUUCCUCACCAUGGAUUCCAAGGGACCUGGUCCUGUUUGGAAGCAGCACAGGUUUGUGUUGGAGAUGUAAUAUGUAACAAACAGUUGGCUCUGUACCUUAAGGCUUGUUCAACAACCGGAAGGCCAUGCAAUCUGACACAGUGCCAAGCAGCCAUCCGCUUCUUCUUUCAAAACACGCCUUUUAACAUUGGCCAGAUGUUGGCUUUGUGUGACUGUGCUCCAGCCGAUAUACCUUGUCAGAAGUCCAAAGAUAUUCUUCACAGCAACUUGUGUGCUGCGAAAGUAGUUCCACCCCCAUCAUGCCUUGAUGUAAUUCACAGCUGCCAAGAUGAUGAAAUAUGCAGAAGCCGCUAUGAAACGUUUCAGUCAAAAUGUUGGCAGCGUGUCACUGAGAAAUGCUAUUACGAUGAGACUUGCAUUAAUACCUUCAAUAAGGAAGAUAUAACUUGCUCAGCAGAUGAUAAAUGCAAAGCUGCUUAUAUUGGCACCCUGGGGACCAUCCUUCAUGUCCAAUGCACCUGCAGCUCCAUUCCAUUCACUGAACAGCCUUUAUGUGAGAUUUUUUAUCACAUGCUUCAGAGCAGGUCCUGCUUCAGUAAGUCAUCUGCUUAA